AUGGCGCGAAAGUCGCGCGUCGCGACUCCCGCAGCUGUUGGAGCUUCCAAGGUUCAACAUCUCCACAAUCGAAACUUCAAAACUUCACCACCACCUUCACCAGGACUUCCGUAUCUCUCCAUGGAACCUCCCGACGGUGAUAUGUUAAAAGGCGCACCCUUCGGGGAUGCGCCGUAUAUUCCCUCUCGAAACCCUUCCGCAUACAGCCCUCUCCACACAUUCGAGCUACCAAAAGGCACCGAUAAACACUACGGGCAACAGUAUGCGGACAUGUAUUUCCUACGGUUAGCGCUGUUGAGGAAGGCUGUGAAGCAAAAGGCAGAGGACGCCUGGAGCGACUUCGAGCUAGGCCAGGAGAAGGCGAGCUUCGUUGAGCGUGUGCUUGACGUACGGCAAGGGCAGCUUUGCUGGAUAGUCGGGACAGUGUACAUGGAGAUGGCGCUGAAGCCAAACGUGCUGGACGACAUAUCGAAAGAGCACUGGAUAGCCGCCCCACCACCCCGCGAAACCUACGUCUCCUCCGGCGGCCAAGACGAAAUGAUGCUCGAGGACGAGUCCGGUCGCCUCCGCGUAACAGGCGAGAGCCUGAACUCACACUAUGUCACCGGCUGCGUGCUCGCGGCGCUCGGGACUGAACAAGCAGACGGAACGUUCCAAGUCAUCGCUACACAAUACGCAGAUCUUCCACGACAACCGCAGCGCUGGGAACGCGAAGACUCGGCGCUGUCGCGAGCGAAGAAACCGAAGCCCAAGCGCGAGAGAGCCGGUAAAUUGGCGAUUAUAUCUGGCUUGGAGAUCACGGGCGUAGACGACGAUGAGCUUUCGCUAGAUCUACUACUUGAAUACCUCACAGGCGAAGCAACAGGUCCACCCACUCAGACAGAAGCAGCCCAAAUCACGCGCCUCAUAAUAGCAGGCGACUCGCUCUCACAUGCCAGCCCGAUCCUUUCUCGUGAAGAUUUCGCCAUCAAGAAGAGCAAGAGCAAACACUACGGCUACGACGCUUCAGCCUACAAUGCCUCGCCCGCCGAACGCUUCGACACCUUCCUCUCUGACCUUCUCCCGACAUUACCCAUCACCCUACUACCAGGUGCUUCGGAUCCUGCAAACGUCGCACUCCCUCAGCAGCCCUUGCAUACCGCACUGUUCCCCAAAGCGCGUCUCUAUGCGGAACCACCAGCGAAGAGUAACGAAACGAUCCACGGCCUCGACACUGUAACAAACCCCUGGGACGGCGACAUAGAAGGAUACCGCGUCCUUGGGACGGGCGGGCAAACCGUCGGCGAUCUCCUCAAAUACGUCGAUGAGGUCGAGUCGCUCGAAGUCAUGGAGAUGAUGCUGCGCUGGCGGUGCAUAGCACCCACCGCUCCAGACACAUUGUGGUGCUACCCGUUCCAAGACGACGACCCGCUGCUGCUGAAGGAUUGUCCGCACAUUUACUUUGCAGGGUGUCAGGAUACAUUUGGGAAAAGGGUUAUCGAGGGCCCUGCUGGGCAGAAGGUGCUGCUUGUUAGUGUGCCGAAGUUUAGGACCACGGGCCUUGUGGUGCUUGUUGAUUUGGAGAGUUGGGAGGUUGAGCUAGUGGAGGUGGGGGUUGUGCAGCCGCAGCCUGCGUCAUGA